GCAACCCACCAUUUGAUGUUCCUCCUCCGCGCGACCACCUCCACCUCCGCCUCGCUUCUCCUCCGACGAUGCCACCCCCACCCGCUCCCGCCGCCUAGAGGUACCCUACCCAUCGCCCUCCCCCACCGCCUCUCCUCCUCCUCCUCUCGCCGCCGCGCGCCCGCGUCGGCUGCGGCGGGGGGCAAAUCCGGCGGGAGGAAGGCGGCCGCGGCGAAGGGGCUGCCUCCCGCGUCGGCGUCGGGGGGAGCGGACAUGUCGGCCUCGGGGGGCGCGGGUGGGGGUGGGAAGCGCACGGUGGCGGAUGUGCUGAUGGGGAACGCCCGCGACGCGGCCAGGAAGGCGAAGAAGGGGACCGCGGGGGCGGGGGCGGGGGCGCCGUCGCCGAAGAAGCUGAAGACGAAGCCCGCCGCGCAGGAGGAUGGCGCGGUGGUGGCCAAGCCGGAGGCGGAGGGGAAGGGGAGGCCGCCUUCGCCGGUGAAGCCCAAGCGGUCGUCCUCGCCGAGUAAGUCCAAGUCGCCGGGGGAAGCCGCGCCCGUCGAGGGGAAGAAGUCGCCAUCAGCGAAGAGGUCACCGUCACCGACGAGGUCCAAAUCGGUAGCUGCCAAUCCCUCCGACGAAGCCGUUGCUCAAGCUUCUGAAUCCAAAGACAAAAGGAGGCCCUCCUCACCUAAGAAGACCAAAACCAUGGAUGCCCCCAAGUCUGAGGAGAGAGAUACCACCCUUGAGCUCAAGAAAAAAGGCAGUGAAUUCGAUCCUAUGGCUGCUGCUUAUUGGAAACCUGGGGAGCCUGUGCCCUUUCUGUUUCUGGCUCGGGCACUUGAUCUCAUCUCUAAUGAGUCUGGAAGGAUUGUUAUCACAGAGAUACUAUCAAACGUGUUCCGCACAGUGAUUGCUACAACACCAGAUGAUCUCCUUGCGACAGUAUACCUCUCAGCCAAUCGGAUUGCGCCGCCUCAUGAAGGAACUGAGCUUGGGAUCGGGGACGCGUCAAUCAUCCGUGCUCUUUCAGAGGCAUAUGGCCGCAAAGAGGAGCAUGUCAAGAAGAACCUCAAGGAGCUCGGUGAUUUGGGUCUUGUUGCAAAAGCAAGCAGGUUGUCACAGAAGAUGAUGUACAAACCAAAACCACUGACGAUAUCUCGUGUGCUUGCUACUUUUCGGACAAUUGCAAAGGAAUCAGGCAAAGAUAGUCAAGACAAGAAAAGAAGUCAUAUCAAAGGACUUCUCGUUGCCGCAACUGACUGUGAACCUCAAUACAUUAUACGCCUACUUCAGUCGAAGAUGAGGAUUGGGUUAGCUGAAAAAACUGUCCAGAUGGCUCUUGGGCAAGCUGCUGUGCAUUCUGAAAACCAUUCUCCGCCAUCGAAAAUUCAAUCACCUUUUGAAGAGGCUGCAAAAAUAAUUAAACAAGUAUAUUCGGUUCUUCCAAUAUAUGAUAAAAUCGUCCCAGCUCUUCUUGAAGUUGGUGUUUGGAAACUUCCGGAGAUAUGCAGCUUUUCUAUUGGUGUCCCUGUUGGUCCUAUGUUGGCAAAAGCAACAAAGUCUGUCUCAGAGAUCAUUGACAAAUUUCAGGGUGUUGGGUACACUUGUGAGUACAAGUAUGAUGGUGAACGGGCUCAGAUACACUGCAUGGAGGAUGGAUCAGUAGAGAUCUACAGUCGUAAUGCUGAAAGGAACACUGGGAAGUAUCCUGAUGUUGUUGAUGCAGUUUCUAGAUUCCGGAAACCUACUGUCAAAUCAUUUGUCUUGGACUGUGAAAUUGUUGCUUAUGACCGUGAAAAGAAGAAAAUUUUACCUUUUCAGAUACUUAGCACAAGGGCCCGCAAGGCUGUUACCAUAAAUGAUAUCAAAGUUUCAGUCUGUACUUUUGGCUUUGAUAUUCUUUAUAUCAAUGGGAAGCCUCUUCUCCAGGAACAGCUGAAAGUUCGUCGAGAGCAUCUUUACAACUCUUUCGAGGAAGUACCGGGCGUUUUUCAGUUGGCAACUGCAAUUACAUCAAAUGACCUUGAGGAGAUACAAAAAUUUCUUGAUACGGCUGUUAACUCCAGUUGUGAAGGGUUGAUUAUCAAGACAUUGGAUAAGGAUGCUACGUAUGAGCCAGCAAAACGGUCGAACAAUUGGUUGAAAUUGAAGAAAGACUACAUGGACAGCAUUGGGGACUCUUUGGAUUUGGUGCCAAUUGCUGCCUUCCAUGGGAGAGGAAAACGAACAGGUGUAUAUGGAUCAUUCCUCUUGGCGUGUUAUGAUGAGCAGAAUGAAGAAUACCAAACAAUCUGCAACAUAGGCACUGGAUUUUCUGAACAACAGCUUGAGGAGCGUUCUGUGAGUCUUCGAACUAAAGUGAUAACAAAACCAAAGGCAUACUAUAGGUUUGCUGAUUCAAUGGACCCGGAUGUGUGGUUUGAGCCUUCAGAGGUGUGGGAGGUGAAAGCUGCCGAUUUGAGCAUAAGUCCUGUUCAUCGUGCUGCUAAUGGUAUAGUUGAUCCAAACAAGGGUAUCUCUCUAAGAUUUCCUCGUCUGUUGCGUGUACGUGAUGAUAAAAACCCAGAGCAAGCAACCACAUCCGAGCAAGUUGCUGAUAUGUACCGUGCUCAAAAAAUACACCAUGCAAACAAUAACGAUGAUGAGGAUGAUGACUGAGACUGAGGAAUUCGCUUCGUCGUGGUUUAAACGGCCUCGACAUUUUCUGAUUCGUUUUGACAUGUAGCGUUUAGAUUGUUGUAAUGUGCUGCAUUUUCACUCGCUGAAUCCAAACUGGUGUCGGGUGCUGCACAGUAGGAAGCUGAAGAGAGCAUGGCCGUAUGUGUGGCCCGCUGCUGCCCUAAGAUGUACAUACAUGACUAACCCUUCGAUUGGCAAGGGCACCGUCGAUGUUUUCAUUCAUUAUUACUACCUUUUAUUUAAUCUUUUUUUUUAUUUCGUUUAAUGCAAACGGCACACGCAGGGAACGACAUUACACACAAGGAUCCUGCAUAGUAUCCUGAUACUAACUGCCUUAUCCAAGUAGGCAAUUCCUUAGUUCAGGCACACCCCUUUGUCCCCAGAAGAAACAACUACUCGGCAUGUCAUGUGAAGACCGGGGCCUACCAGGAAAUAAUUGGCGCUCUCAUCACAAGAGCCUCAUGAGACUCCAUUACAAGUGCAGAUUAUAUGUCCGUAUUUUCUUGACACCGCAGCAAAAAACACUGUAGUGACAAGGUGCCAUUUGAUUUUUUUACUGUAGCGAUCGUUUGGAGCCAUUGGAUCAGAAAAUGGAUGGCCAAGAUUGUGUGCAGAUGCAGUCACAAUAGCUACUGCACUUGUUAAUCGGAUUUGGUGUCUUUUCGUAGCGGAGAGAAAAGAGUACUGGAUUUUUCAUUGAUACGUAUAAUUUUGCAGCUGCAAGGAUGAGGUCUGAACUUUCGAUGCUGAACUGUCUAUGAAUGUGUAGAGGGGAUUUUCCACCGUUUUGAUCAGAUUUUUUUUUCAUUUGUCGCAUGCUUUAGCUCUAGUUUGAUGUUUUGAUCUAAAAUUUGAGUGCAUAGUUGUGCACCUAGCUGUCAUUGUGAUGAAUCGGUAUCGGUGUUAAAUCUUUGUUGCUGGAAUCAUGGCUAUAGCCCUUCUUC